AUGGCGCUGAGAGGGCAUUGCUCGCCGCAGUGCCCUCUCCCUCCUCUCCCGCCUUCCUCGUCGCAGUCUCUCUUCCCCACCACCGCACUGCAUGUGUGCGCGCGCGCGCCCUCCAAUGCUCUAUGGCCAGCCUUCUCUCCGACUCGUCUCGUCUCCCUUCGCCCUCAUCAAUUGCCGUGUCCCUGCCGCCUCGCCGUCGCACCCACACUGCCUAUUCGUCCGCCUGGCGGCGCGCCCUUUCUCCGACUGCUGUGUAUCCCCGCGCGCCCCACCACGGGGACCUUUCGUGCACCCCGCGCGUCUGCGUCUGACCCGCGCGGCGGGGUGCCAGCGGAGUGGGCGGAAGGGCUUGCCGCAGCGGGCACGACGCUGUACGACGUGCUGGGAUUGGCGCGGCGCGACGCGUCCAUGCACGACAUCAAGGUGGCGUACCGGCGCGAGGCGCGGCGCUACCACCCUGACAGUCGCGCGGCGGGGCUGAGCGAGGCGGAGAGCACGCGGCGGUUCAUCGCCGUGCAGCGCGCGUACGACGUGCUGUCGAACCCGCAGCAGCGCGCGCGGUACGACUGGGAGCUGCUGCACCCGCUGGUGGCGGGCGCACGGCAUGGGGCCUUGGGCAUGAGGACGGCGACGCGGUGGCGGCACGGGAUGCGGCGGCCGUGGAUGGGGCAGGCGAUGUGGGACGGCGUGGAGGAGCAGUGUGAGGUGGUGUGCGCAGCAUGCACGUCAUCCUUCACUGCUUCCCUCUCCACCCGUUUUGCACUGCCAGCCCGUUCUCCUGCUUGCCUGCAUCACUCUUGCCCCAUGCUCACGGCCUGCAUCACAGUGCCGUCCACAGCCCCGCGCAGCAUUGGCGCUGCAAUCCCAAUCCCAAUGCGCCGUAUCCCAUGCCCCCCGCAACAGCUGGAGGUGAAGGCGGCGUGGCGGCAGCAGUGGCACUCACAGCUGGCAGGGCUCAGACACUCCCGCACACAGCGCUGGCAGGCGCGCAGUGAGGGGGGCGAGUCGUGGGGUGCAGCAAGGAGGCGAGAGCAGCAGGUGGAGGGCGUGGCAAUGCCCAGCGAGGUGUCUGCCAACAGCUGA